AUGCCUGUCAAGAAUUACAACCGCUCCAGCCCUCUCAAAGUUGCCAUCAUUGGCGGUGGUCCCGGAGGACUGGGGGCAGCAAUUGAGUUUGGAAAGCUGAACUAUGUUGAAUGGUCACUGUAUGAGAAGAAGACACAGAUCAGCGAAACUGGCGGCGGAAUCAGCCUACAACGACAUACCUGGAGGCUCCUGGAGUUGAACGGGGCUGCCAAGAACAUUGAUCCCGCGGAUUUCUUCAGAUCUGCCGAUGGAACCAGCGGACAGUCAAGAAACGGAAGAACUGGAAAGCUUUUGGAGCAACACCAUCAUCCUAAAGAUACACCACCGCAGCAAGUGAGCUGUCGCAUGGUCCGAGCUAAGCUGCAAGCUGCUUUGCUCAAAGAGGUUGACCAAAGUCGUAUCAACACCUCCAAGAAGCUGAUUGACAUUACGAAGCUGCCGAACGGCCAAAUUGCGAUCCGUUUUGACGAUGGUUUCAGCGAUGAAGUUGAUCUACUGGUUGGAGCAGAUGGCAUUCGAUCUUUUGUGAGAUCUUACGCUUUCCCCGAGCACAAGAUUAAAUACAACGGCCAGUCUGCCUAUCGUACCAUUAUUCACAAGCCGACGGCAGAAAAGAUUGAGGGCAUUCCGAAGUCUCCCGUAUUCUGCUGGGGUCGGCCAUUCGACUUUUCAACCAUUGCUUCGGAGUAUGACGACUUUUGCGAGCCCGUCCGCAAAGUCAUUCAACUUGCCGCUCAGGGCGAGACACAAGAAUUUGCGCUCUUCUCUGGUCCGCGGUUGGAAAGCGUCGUCUUGCAAGACGCUAUUGCCUUGAUUGGAGAUGCAUCCCAUCCUCUAUCAGGCGCCUUCGGUGCUGGAGCUGGGUUUGCUUUGGAGGAUGUCUAUGCCUUGACGCAAAGCAUUGACUGGCACUGGAAUAAUGGUGGGGGACUGCCUGCAGCCCUGGAGCUGUAUGAUCAGAUCAGAUCACCUCAUUAUCGGGACUUGUACAAAGUCUUGGACGAUUUUGGCGCGAUGAACACUACGCUGCUUUCGGAGAAUCUUCCUGUUAACGAGGAGAUUGAGGAGCGAGUCCGAAGGGCAGCUGAGAGUAAGAGUACGUGGAUGUACCACUACGAGAUAGACAAAGCUGUCGAAAAGCUGCUUGGAGCCACCAAUCAGCAUGGCCAAGUCGCAGCUGUGCUUUAG